AUGCCAGCUUCUUUUUAUAUUCUUCAAGCGGAUACCUCUGUCCCCAGUAUUCCUGUUGGUCGCCUUAUCAUCUCUGUGUGUGUAUAUAUAAUCCUGUUACCGUUGUUGCCUUGUAAUUCGUGUGUUCCAUCCCUCUCUUGUUCGUUGCUGUUUCCCACCUUAUCAUCAUUCAUGUUUGUUUUCUUGGCGUUUCUAAGUCAUCAUCGUUUCGCCACAACUUCGUCCUUUUCCCUCCUCUUGAAAAUCCAAUAA